AUUAACAUGUUGUGGUGGACAAUGCAAUUUUUUUUUGCUUUGAACUUAGCGAUGUUAUGCUCCCAGCCAUGUGUUAUUCGAGUACAAUGACACAUGAAAACUAUAACAAACACUCUAACACAGGGAUUUACUAUCUGGCUUUUGGCGAGCCACUAUUCUGGACAAUGUUUGCUUUAACAUACUCCACAAACAUUUUUUUACCACACUUUAUGACCAUUUUUUGCAAUACAAGUCUUCCUUAUGCUUGGGCAUUUAGAUACAAAACAGCAUACAGUGCUGUAUUUUGUAUCAUUGCUGGUGACCCUGUCUCUUGGAGAUAAAGCAUGGCCUGAAGAGGCCAUGAAUAAGGCUGAGGAGUAUGCACAAAUAUGCAGUGGUGGUGGUAGGGCAUUUUCAACGUUUAUUGGUAAGUAAACAUGAAUCGCCUUAUGUCUUUCGCGCAGCUGACUAGAAGAUUACUCUGUCUUGCUUUUCAGAGAAGGAUAUCAUUGGAAAGAGCCGAGUACAUGAGCUGGACUGAGAACAUGGAAUUGCAGAAAGCUGCGAAUGAAGAGGAGAUUUCCAGGCUCCGGAGUCAGUUACUGGAGCUUGAGGCUUCACUGUCCAACCGACAACAGCAGCUGGAAAUCCUGGGAACAGAUCUUGAGAUGCAGCAGAAGUCUAUAGAAGACUUGACUUUACAGAAGUCAAAGCUUGAGUAUGAAAAACAGAAAUACCGCCACGAACUAGAAGGUAUAAUCAAAAGCAAGGGUUCGGUUGAACAAGAGUUGAAUCGUGCCCGGCAACAGGUUCAGCAAUCUGAGGCUAAACAAGCCUCCCUGGAAGACAGUCUUCGCAACCUUAAGAAAAGCAUAGAGGAGAGUACAUUGGCCCGCAAGAAGCUUGAAGAUCACUUAAGACGUAAGGACAGUGACGUUCAGGGACUUGAGGAGCACAGUCGUACGUUGGAGCGAGAAUUGAGGGCCAAGGAAGAUGUCGAGGCGGAGCUUAUAAGCCAUGUGAGAAUCAUGGAGUCAGAAGUCAGAAUGAAGCAAGGGGAAUCCUUGCUGGGUUUCAGCAAGGAAGGUGCACAGCUGUCAUCAUUUACAGCCAGUUCUCAGAUGCUCCAUUCAGAAUCCGAGGCGGAUAUCCUGCAUCGAAAGAUGGAGGAUCUUGUGAUGGGCAAGAAGCGAGCCGAAAAUGAGAUCAAGACUUUAAAAUCUGAAUUGAACUCAGUUGUUGUUCAUAAGAAUCUGGCCGAGGAAAAAGCACAGCGCUUUAAGGAACUCAUAGAUGAAUCAAACAACAGGUUGUUGAAGUUUCAGGCAGAAAUGGAUGCAGACAGGUCGAACAUUAGACAAAAAUCAGAGGAGUUAAGACAGGAAUCUUCUGAAUUAAAGAAAUCUGUCUACGUGUUUCAAGAACAAAUCAAGUCGCUCCAGAGAGACAAAUCUGCUCUGGAGCAAAGAGUGCUUUUCCAUAAAACAGAAGUUGAUGGCAUAAAAGAAAAGCUCAAGGUCAACCAAGGAAAACUUCUACAAUGGAACUCCUAUGAGCAGGAAAGCUCACAAAAGUUGAGGUGCUUGGAAGAUGAGUUGUCUUCCAAACAGACUGAAGUAGAGCAGAUAUCAUUUAAGAUGAAUGAACUGAAUCGAAAAAAUCAGUUGUUGGAAAGUGAUACUCGACAUCUUAAGGUAAGUAUCGAGUCCCUCCAGCAAGACAAAUCCCACGCUGAACAAAAGAUUAAAGCCCUGAAUGGUGAGUCUGACGUUUUAAAGGAGCAACUGCAUAGAGCCAAGGACGAAAUUAAUCUGAAAACACGAAAUGAGAAGGAAGCUCAAGUCAAGGUUAAAAACCUUGAAACGGAGCUACAGAAAAAAUCCUUACAGCUGAUUCAGCUAACUAAGAAAGUAGAAGAACUGAAGAAGGUCAACAUGGACAAAGAACGCUCCACAAAAAAUGUCAAAGUUGAACUCGAUAGAGCAAACACAGAGAUUGGUAGUAAGGAACAGCAAAUUCAUAUACUCAAGUCUCAAGCAGAAAGUGCAAAAUCUCAAAUGAAAAUAGUGGAAGACGAGCUUCUAAACAAAUCGCAGAUAUCCCAUGAGCUUCAAAUUAAACUAAAAGGUUACAAUGAGGAGUCAAAAAAGACAUUUGAUUUGCAGCAAGAGAUCAAGUCUCUCACAAUGACCAUCACCAACUAUGAAAAAGAAAACAUAAACCUGAAAUCAGAGCUGAAUCUGGCUAACCACAAGGUUCAGGAACAGAAAGUAGAAAUACAUAACCUGAACAUGACUUUAAAAAAAAACAUGGCGGACUCUCAAAGAGAGUCAUUAGAGGGUAAGAAAAACAUUUCAAAGAUGCGAGAACUUGAAAAUGAGCUCAUGAAAUGUAAGCAGACUAUCAGCAGGAUCAGUGGAUGUUCAGAGAAAGCCACAGUCAGCCUGAAACAGGACAUCUCAUCUCUUCAGAGGGAUAAACACACCGCUGACCAGAAGUUACAGGCUUUAAAAUCUGAGUUUGACGAUCUCAGUUUAACACAAAAAAGAACAAAAGAUGAAUUGCAGCGUGUGACUGAAGAGAAUAAGUUAACUCAGUCCAAACUCAGAGAGUCGGAGGCCGAACUUCAAAGAAAAAGUUCUGUUAUACGAGAAUUGAGUUCUAACGCAGAUAAAUCAGUACUGAAUUUAAAACAAGAACUAGUCACCUUUCACAAGGAAAGAAGCUCAGCAGAAGAAAAAAUCUCAGCAUUGAAUCUCCAAAUAUCAGAGUUGAAGCACAAGUUAAAACUGACGCAAGAGGACCUCAGACAGAAGCAAAAAGAAGCAUCUUCUGCUGAGUCAAGGUCACAAAAGCUUGAAGAACAACUGAACAAUUGUAAAAAAAUGCUUGAUGAUCUAAAAGGGAAACUCAACUUACAAAAGAAAGGCUAUGAGACUCAACUGCAGUUAAUGCAGGCUGAAAUGGAGCAAAAGUUUUCCCUUCAAGAAGCGCGUCUAAAACAAGACUCCGACAGGAGGUCAAAGGAGCACUCACAUACUGUCGAAUCAGCUGAGAGAGAAAUCAAACACCUUUCUCAAGAAGUUGAAAAGCUUAACGCUUCAAUUGCCAAUGCGACAAAAGCCAAGCUAGAGGCCGAACAGCAACUUGCCGACCUACAAGCUCGCAUUGACGAAUCUGAGAAACAGAGGGAAAUUCUUGACCUGGAGCUUCUCAAAGCAAAAUCAAAGGUUUCUCAGUUAGAAACAGACAAAAUCAGGGGGAACACUAGUAUUUAUCAGCUCGACUGUAUUCAGAAAGACAGUUCAAACGCGAUAGGAGGGCUAAGAAAAAUGUUGUUGGAGACCAAUCAGAAACUGGAGAUCUCAGAAAAAGAAGCAAAGUCUUUAAAGGAGCAAAUUGUUUCGUACAUGAAAGAAAUGAAAUCUUUACAGGAGAAGAAUCUGAAGCUUGAGGUGGCAGUGAGCUCUGAGCAGAAGCACCUUGGUCAAGCCAAUCAUCGGUGUGCUAAAGACAGCGAGUUGGCCAAGCUCAAGACCGAACUUCAGCUGACUAAGCAAAUUGUUGCGGAGCACUCACAAUCUGUCAAAUCAGCAGAGAGAGAAAACAAACAGCUUUCUCAAGAAGUUGAAAAGCUUAAAGCUUCAAUCGCCAAUGCGACAAAAGCCAAGCUAGAGGCCAAACAGCAACUCGGCGACCUACAAGCUCGCAUUGACGAAUCUGAGAGACAGAGGGGAAUUCUUGAUCUGGAACUUCUCAAAGCAAAAUCAAAGGUUUCUCAGUUAGAAACAGACAAAAUCAGGGUGAACACUAGUAUUUAUGAGCUCAACAGUAUUCAGAAAGACAGUUCAAAUGAGAUAGGAGGGCUAAAGAAAAUGUUGAUUGAGACCAAUAAAAAACUGGAGAUCUCAGAAAAAGAAGCAAAGUCUCUAAAGGAGCAAAUAGUAUCCUACAUCAAAGAAAUGAAAUCUUUACAGCAGAAGAAUCUGAAGCUUGAGGUGGAAGUGAGCUCUGAGCAGAAGCUCCUUGGUCAAGCCAAUCAUCAGUGUGCUAAAGACAACGAGUUGGCCAAGCUCAAGACCGAACUUCAGCUGACUAAGCAAAUUGUUGCGUCUUGUGAAGAAGCAAAGCGGAGCCUAGAGGAGGAGCUGACAAAGAUGAAAAUGAGCUCUAAGAUAUCCAUGCUGGAAAAGGAGAAAGUCCUGGGGGAACUAAGAAAGGUCAAAAUCGAAGUAAUGAACGAGAAAGACAAGAAGAAUGAACCGACUAUUGAAUAUAAAAAACAGACAAACCAAGUAAAGGUUGCUAAAAGUCAGAGUGAGAUUACUGAGCGUGAGAAAAGUUCUGGACGAAGCCAAACUGUUUCUGAGUCAUUCAGUGACUCUGGCUCUUCAAGUCAAUUAAAAGGCCUGAAAAUUGAGUCUACUACCCAUAAAAUUCAAGGUCUCAGAGGACAUAUUAGUAUUAAAAAGUUAAUAAAAACCAGAAUAAUAACAGAGGAAAUUGCACUCAAGUUGCAAACUGGCCUCAUCACUAUGGAGGAGUUAGAAGAAUACCUUGCUCAAUUUAUCGGUAAACCAUCCUCGAUUGCGGGUAUUUAUGUAGAAUCCAGCAAGAAAAAGCUGUCCUUCAUGGACGCGGUUAAAGCAGGACUUAUAUCAAAAUCCUACGCUCUCCAGUUUUUGGAAGCACAGGCUGCCACAGGCUGCAUCAUUGACCCUAUAACAGGUGAAGGUCACUCUCCUGCAGAUGCUAUUGAGAAAGGUAUCAUUGGUGAGGAUCUGAAGGACAAAAUGGGUGACGCUUACAAAGCUGUCAGUGGUUAUACCUACGGAGGAAAAAUUCUUUCAGUGUUUCAAGCCAUGGAAGAGAGAAUUUUAGAUAGACAUAAAGGAAGAGCCAUUAUUGAGACUCAGAUAGCAACCGGAGGAUUGAUUCACUCGUUGAUUGGCAUUAAAGUUCCCAUGGAUUGUGCACUAGAACAGGGGCUCAUAAAUAAAGCCACCCUUCAAAGUCUCUAUGAUCCGGUCAGUAACCCAAAAGAUUUCCACUACCCAGACACCGGGCAAAAGGCAUACUAUAGUGAACUGCUGAGAGGGUGCGUGUAUGAUGUUAACGGUGGAGUCUAUCUUCUUCCAAUUAGUGACCAGCACCUCUACACUCUUUCUCCAUCAACCAAACACAGAGUGUCAGUUAUCAACACCUCGAAUGAUGCAAAAAUGUCUGCCUAUGAAGCGUACAAAGCUGGACAAAUUGACAAGAGAACCUAUCUGUUUCUUGCACAACUAGAAAGCGACUGGCAGGAGACAACAGUCAUGGAUUCAAGCAGGAGCCUCUUGCACAUCCUGAUAGAUCACAAGAGUGGACGGCAACUUUGCCUGGAGAAUGCUCUCAGUCUGAAAAUUCUCCAAACAGAAGAGCUUAGUAGUUACAGGAGUGGCCAACUCAGUAUAUUUGAGCUUGCUGAUCUUCUGAUUUCAAGAAGAGUAAUCUUUAAAGUUCCUAACAGUCCUGUUGCAGGGCUUUGGGAUGUUUCUUUGAAGAAAAGACUCUCGGUUUUCAAAGGUCUCCAACAAAACGUUGUGGACAGACUCACCGCGUUAAGGAUGCUAGAAGCACAGGCCUCCACCGGAGGCAUCUGUGAUCCGGCAUCCGGAGAAAGGAUUCUCAUCACGGAGGCACAACACAGAGGUCUCUUAGAUGAAGGUUUUGCAAGACAGCUCCAACAAUGUGAGCAAGCCUACUAUGGGAUCAUUCACCCUAAGAGCGGAAAGAUGUUGACUGUGGCUCAGGCCGUGCAAGAGAACCUGUUCCCCAAAGAUGUUGGACUAAGGUGUCUUGAGUUUCAGCUGGCCACUGGUGGACUCAUUAACCCAGAGAGUCAAGAAAUAGUUCUAAUGGAAGAUGCCAUACAGAAUUGCUUGAUCGAUAAAGCGACAGCUGCACAUUUUAAACACGACUCCUCCCACACCAAAUGUAUCACCUGUCCCAAAACCAAGCGAAAAAUGUCUUUCAAGGAAGCUCUAGAAAAGAGUGUUUUUGACAGCCACACUGGGUUUCUGCUUCUUGAAGCUACAAAGUCCCAUAGCUCAGCUAAUACUUCAGCAUUCCAGUACUUCUGGACCUAUCAACGUUUCUGAUAGUGUAGAUAUGAAAACAGAUCAUGCUGGUGUUUAAGGAAUGGGAGAAAAAGGGGCAUGUCCUCUCCCCAAAAACGGACCCGGUGGGACUUGAGAAAGCAGCCUGUUAUGACCUAUAGCUACAAUAUAAAGUUGAGCGCCCUGUAGAAGAUGUUAAUAAACUAUCUACCAGUUGAGCUACAGCAAUCCCUGAUGAUUACCAAGAUGAAAAGCUACAACGCAAUAUAGCAAAAGUUUCUCUGGUAUCACUGGGUGGUAGUAGAAUGCUGCUAUAGACGACUUUACAGGCAAAAACAUAAACAAACAUUUUGUGGCCCAAAUUUAAAGCGGUAGUAAACACUAGAAUUUAAAUGUCCUCCAACAAGCUGAUCGCACUUCGUAUCGCAUUAAUGCGGUCUUUUAAGAUCUCCACUAUAUCUGCACAAGCGUCCUCUCUCUACGUUGUAAACCAACACGUGUUCCUUCACUUUUGAGAUUGACCAUACCUCAUUUAUGGGACAGGAACUGUUUUAAUUUAAUUAAAUUUAAAGCAGUUAAACAAUAAUAUUAAACAAUAAUAUUAAUUAAUAUUAAUAUAAAUUCAAUAUAAAAUAUGAUAUAUAUUACAACCAAACACAGACUGGAAGUUAAAGGGACAGUUUUGCAGAACAAAGAAAUGUAUACAGAUUUGAAACAACCAGAGGGUGAGUAAAUGAUGACAGAAUUUUCAUUUUUGGACCUUAAUUUUGGGCCAGGAACAUGUGUCUGAUGAAACCGUCUAUAGGUCGUGUUUGAAGGAUGUGACAAAGGAUCUAUACUGUCGUGUGGGUUUGAGGAUUUGUUCCAACAUGUAUGUGACUUGAAUGAUUGCUGUGUUGGCAUGGUUGAUCAUUAUCUAACACAAUUUUAGUGUGUAUCUUAUCAUAAUUUUAUAAGAACGUCUUAUAAUAUGUAUCUUGAAAAAUAUUAAGCUAAUUCUGGUGUAACUGGAUAGCUUUUUUUCUGCUGUAAUAUAUUCCUCAGAUAUUUCUCAGAUCUAUCAUGUGUUAUUUCUUUAUAUUUUUUUAUUUAUUGGCAAGCACCAUUCUACAUAAAAUGGCUGGGAGCUUAACAGACAUGAUGCAAUCAGUUCUUGUUUUCCGAUUUAUUGAAACACCAAGCUUGUUGUGUAACUGUUGCCUAAUGUUUUACGAUUUUUAAUCCUCCCACAAUUUAUUUUCACUGAAUUUAGAGAACUGUUGAGGAUGAGAAGAAAGAACAUGGUGAUAAAGUAAACAAGUUGUUGAACUCGAUG